AUGGCUACUCAUAACAAUGUUCCCUUCUGUAAGUGGUGGAUUUCCGUCAUCACCAUCCUACACUUCACUCAGACAUUGUCACAAACCGACAAUUAUAUUGUUCACAUGGAUUUAUCGGUGAUGCCCAAAGCCUUUUCAGGCCAGCAUCAUUGGUACUUGUCCACUCUUGCUUCUGUAUUUGAUGUCUCUAACAGUAGCACCGGCAGGGCCAGAGCUGCCACUUUGACUGCCUUUUCUAAACUCCUUUACAGUUAUACUCAUGUUAUCAAUGGUUUUAGUGCUAGUCUCACUCCUUCUGAGCUUGAGGCUUUAAAAAAAUCUCCGGGCUACAUUUCUUCCAUCAAAGACUUGCCAGUUAAACAUGACACAACUCAUUCAAGCAAAUUUCUUGGCCUCACACCUCAGUCCCCAGCAUGGAAGCUGUCAAAUUAUGGUGAAGGUAUGAUUAUUGGGUUGGUGGACACAGGUGUUUGGCCAGAAAGCGAGAGUUUCAAUGACCAUGGAAUGUCUGAAAUUCCAAAAAGGUGGAAAGGAGAAUGUGAAAGUGGCACUCAAUUCAACUCUUCAAUGUGCAACAAAAAGCUCAUUGGAGCUCGAUUUUUCAACAAAGGCCUAAGUGCAAAGUAUCCUAACCUCACCAUAGCUGUGAAUUCGACGCGUGACACAGAUGGGCAUGGGACACACACAUCUAGCACAGCUGCUGGAAAUUAUGUGGAAGGUGCAUCAUACUUUGGCUAUGCCAACGGAACUGCUAAUGGAGUGGCUCCACGGGCACAUGUAGCCAUGUACAGGGCUCUGUGGAAUGAAGGUGCUUACACAACCGAUAUUAUUGCUGCAAUUGAUCAAGCAAUAACCGAUGGUGUAGAUGUAUUGUCUUUGUCAUUGGGCUUGGAUGGACUUCGUUUGGAUGAAGACCCCAUUGCCUUGGCAACAUUUGCAGCCGUAGAGAACAAUGUAUUCGUGUCCACUUCUGCAGGAAACGAAGGGCCUUUCCACGAGACACUACACAAUGGCAUACCUUGGGUGCUAACCGUUGCUGCUGGUACUUUAGACCGUGAAUUUGAUGCGGUUUUGACACUUGGAAAUGGAAUUUCAAUCACAGGCUCAUCAUUCUAUUUGGGGAGUUCAUCUUUUAGCGAAGUGCCAAUCGUUUUCAUGGAUGGAUGUCACACAAUGAGCGAACUGAUUAAAAUUGGACCGAAGAUUGUUGUCUGUCAAGGUGGGAAUGACAGUAACGACUUAAGUGACCAAGUUGAAAAUGUCAGCAGCGCAAAUGUUACCGCAGGUGUCUUCAUAACAAAUUUCACAGACACUGGAGAAUUCAUCGGGAAUGGAUUUCCAGUUAUACUUAUGAAUUUAAAGGAUGGCAAAACCAUCAUAGAUUACAUCAAAAGCAGCAACAGGCCACAAGCAAGCGCAGAAUUUCGGAAAACAACUUUGGGGAUUAAAUUAGCUCCGAGUGUUACUAGUUACAGUUCUAGAGGGCCAUCCGCGAGCUGUCCAUUGGUAAUGAAGCCUGACAUUAUGGCUCCUGGUGCGCGCAUCUUAGCUGCAUGGCCCCAAAAUAUUGCAGUGGAUUUGAACAAUUCACAGCCUUUAUUAAGCAAUUUCAAAAUAUUGUCGGGGACAUCCAUGGCUUGUCCGCAUGCAGCAGGAGUGGCUGCACUCUUGAGAAAGGCACACCCUGAUUGGAGCCCAGCUGCCAUUCGAUCAGCCAUGAUGACGACUGCUGAAACAAUGGAUCACACUAUGGAACCUAUUAAAGACCUUGGUUCUGGUAAACUAUACCCAGCUAGUCCUCUAGCCAUGGGAGCUGGACAAAUUAACCCCAACAAGGCCCUAGACCCUGGUCUCAUUUAUGAUGUUAAUUCAACUGAUUACGUGAGACUACUUUGUGCUACAAACUUCACCGAAAAACAAAUCCAAGCUAUCACAAGAUCAUCUUCUACUGAUUGUUCCAACCCAUCCGCUGACCUCAACUACCCUUCUUUUAUUGCCUAUUUCAAUGCAAAAAAUUCGCCAUCAAAUUUGACCGCUGUGAGAGAAUUUCACAGGACAGUGACUAAUGUUGGAGAAGGAAGGUCUACUUACACAGUAAACGUGACUUCCAUGAGUGAGUUAAAGGUCAGUGUCAUGCCAGACAAGUUGGAGUUCAAGACCAAGUAUGAGAAGCUAAGCUACAAACUGACUAUUGAAGGUCCAGCACUUCUGUCCGAAACAGUAACUUUUGGUUAUCUCAUUUGGGCUGAUGCUGGGGGUAGACAUGUUGUCAGGAGUCCCAUAGUGGCAACAAAUUUGAGCCCAGGGUUGUCUUCAAGGAACUAA